AUGGCGAUGCGGUCGACAAGUCUGGCCAGGCAAAUAUGCCGCCCAGCGACAGCCCAGUCCUUGACAAGUACAACGCGGACGGGCUUGGACAGCAGAAGCCGACGCGAUGCAUGCACCGUUCGCCAGCUCGCGCAAACUCGCGCAAUCAUUCCAACACAGUCCGCAUUGACCGGAUCACCUGUAUUUUCCCGCCGCUAUGCAUCCACCAAGUCCUCUACACAGACAUUUGGGACCGGUGAAACAGGUAUCACGGGCGCACCUGAUAUCACUAAUCACUACACUAUCUUCCCUCGCACACUUUCCGCCGGCCCGCCACCCGCCUCAUCCUUCGAUAUCUCCGUUGGCGAUCUCCGCCGUGAGUUCCUCCAACUACAAAACGCUGUGCACCCCGACAAAUACCCAUCCGGCGAUGUGAAGCAGCACGCCGAAGCGAUCUCGGCCCGCAUCAACGAAGCCUACCGCACUCUUGUAGACCCACUUCAGCGGGCACAAUAUCUUCUUCGCGAGUGGCACGGCAUCGACGUUCUUGCCGAAGAUGGAGCAUCGAAACACGCACUGGACCCCGAGACCUUGAUGGAGGUUAUGGAGGUGCAAGAGACGAUCGAGGAGGUGGGCGCAUCACCAGAGGCCGAGGAGGAGAUCGAUGCGCUGAAGAAGGAAAACGAUCAGCGCAUUGAGGCUUGCGUUAAGUCCCUGGGCAGUGCUAUUGACCGGAACGAUAUUGAGACUGCGAGAAAGGAGUGCGUUCGAUUGCGAUUUUGGUACAGCGUGGGUGAGGGACUGCGGGAGUGGGAGCCUGGUAGGACGGAGAUUCGUCUUGUGCAUGGAAAUUGA